ACUUCUUCCGUGUUUACCUGCAGUUGGAGUCUCACAAAUGGGCGGUUAUUGCUGGAUCGAACAAGUCACAAACGGAGCUAAAUAUUUGUGCCCUUCUGGUGAAAACAAAAGCAAACGCUAAAGGGGAAAUGAGCUAAAGUAAAAAAAAUAAAAAGUUUCACAGAAUAAAAGGCUUUUGGAGUUUUGGUUUCGUUGAACUCAGCCGAAGUUUUCCACCAUGGGAUGUUGUAACAGCACCGCGGUCAAACGUGACUGGAAACCGCUGGAGCAGCGCAGCUGCACGGACGUCCCGUGGCUCAUCGUGUUCGCCUUGUUUUGUAUCGGCAUGGUGUGCAUUUGUGUCUUUCCCAUCGCAACAGGAGCUGCCUCCAGGCUUAUCUCUGGAUACGACAGUUAUGGCAACACCUGUGGCAAGAAUAACUCCAAGAUCGAGGGAGUACCCCUCAGUGGGCUGGACAUGAGGGAAAACAAGUAUGUUUUUUUUCUAGACCCAUGCAACCUUGACUUAAUUAACAGGAAGAUCAAGUCCAUCGCUCUGUGUGUCUCCAAAUGCCCCGCUGCUGAGCUGAUGACUCUCAGUGAUGUGAAGCAGUUUGCUCUGCAAAACGGAUCUCAUCUCUGCUCUUAUGAUAUUCCCCCUACAAGAUACACAAGCCAUUCAGACACGUCCACCAAAUGUCCCAAACUUCCUGUUCCUCCAAGUAAGUCGGUCCCACUGUUGCACCGCUGUGUUCCUGUGGAUAUCGGCUGCUAUGCGGAAUUCGCCGAGACCUUCAUCAAAUUCGUCGGGGACAACAGUGUGCUGCGCCGGGUCAUUGCCGGGGUGUUGGCCAGCAAGGAGAUCAUAAUGGGCCUUUGUGUGCUGGCUUUAGUUCUGUCCCUCAUCAUGAUGGUGGUCAUCCGCUACAUCUCCAAAGUACUAGUGUGGAUUCUAACGGUCCUGGUAGUCAUCGGCUCCAUAGGUGGGACGGGCGUCCUGUGGUGGCUCUACGCGGACCACAGGAAAGCCCUCGAUAAGGACGGCUUAUCAGUGUUUGGGAAAGAAGUGGCCUCGGACAACGUCACGGCCCUGCUGGUGUAUGCAAUUGUUGCCACGGUGUUCACGGUGGUUCUCCUGCUUGUGAUGUUCUUCAUGAGGAAGCGCGUGGCUCUCACCAUCUCCCUUUUCCACGUGGCUGGUAAAGUGUUCGUCGACCUCCCUCUGCUGGCCCUGCAGCCUUUCUGGACCUUCAUCUGCCUCAUGCUCUUCUGGAUCUACUGGAUCACUGUGCUUCUCGCUCUCGGAACUUCAGGCACACCAGUGAAAAACAACUCUACGGGUGUUGUUGAAUAUCAAAUGGCAGGGCCUCUCCAGUACUUGGUGUGGUAUCACGCUGUGGGGCUCAUCUGGAUCAAUGAGUUCAUACUUGCCUUCCAGCAGAUGACCAUCGCCGGAGCCGUGGUCACCUACUACUUCACAAGGAACAAGUCCCAGUUGCCAGCAACUCCCAUCCUCUCCUCCAUGGCACGGACCGUCCGUUACCAUCUCGGUACUCUGGCCAAAGGCUCCUUCAUCAUCACGCUUGUUAAGAUCCCUCGUCUCAUCCUAAUGUAUAUCCACAGCCAGCUCAAAGGGAAGGAGAACGCCUGUGCUCGUUGCAUGCUGAAAGCUUGUAUCUGCUGCCUGUGGUGCCUGGAGAAGUGCCUCGCCUACUUAAAUCAAAACGCUUACACUGCGACGGCCAUCAACAGCACCAGUUUCUGCACGUCUGCCCGCGACGCCUUCCUCAUCCUGGUGGAGAAUGCCCUCCGAGUGGCCGCCAUCAACACCGUGGGCGACUUUGUCCUCUUCCUGGGAAAGGUGCUUAUAGUGUCCUGUACGGCUUUCGCCGGCGUCCUGGCACUCAACUACCAGAGGGACUACACCGUGUGGGUCCUGCCUCUCUUCAUUGUGUGUCUCUUUGCCUUCCUGGUGGCUCACUGCUUCCUUUCGGUCUUUGAGAAUGUGGUGGACGUUCUCUUCCUCUGCUUCGCCGUGGACACCAAGUACAACGAUGGCAGCCCUGGACACGAGUACUACAUGGACAAGGCCUUGAUGGAAUUUGUUGAGAACAGCAAGAAAAUGGGUUUUUACAAGCCCGCUGAUGGAGAUGGACGGGAGAUGAAGCCCAUGGCACGAGGAGGGACAUCUGCUUGACCGAGCGCCAGAAAAAUUGCGCAUUUCACUCCAUUUUAAAGUAACAAUGUUUUUUUUAUACUGACACUACUCAGAGAUGUAUUGUACCGGGUGGGAUUUUUUGGGGAAUAAAAGUGAUUUUAAUCAAUGCAUUAAUUAACUAAAUUUGACAUUAUUAUCUGUAAUAUGGCCAAAGCUUAUUUGGCUGUGGAUGUCAUUUUACUAAUGAUGCGGGUUUACUUUAUAUAGUCUUUUUCCUUAUUACUGUGUUUCUCUACUAUUCCAGUUGAAAUAAUGUGAAUGGUUUUGACAUGGUCAAACAUGUUUGGGUAUCUUUGUUACAUAUUUAGUGUUUGCUAUAGUUUGAGUGGUUUCUUGUACAUUUUUUGAUGAAUUGCUAACAGUAUUUUGACAAAAGUUGUUCAUGUUGUUUUAUUACAUUUCAAAUUUUCUACUCAAAUAAAUUAUAACACAUA